AUGACUGACCAGGAGGCUAAACCUUCAAGUGGGGUCUUAGAGGCUGAGAGGAAAGAUGUUAUUAAAGUCAAAGUUAUCAGAGAAGACGGAAAUGAGAUACAGUUCAGACUGAAAAUCACGACAAGGCUCAAGAAACUCAAGGACUCAUACAGUCAAAGACAGGGUCUGUCAGUGAAUUCCCUGAAGUUUCUCUUUGAAGGCCAGAGGAUUGCCGAUAACCAUACUGCAGAAGAGCUGGGGAUGGAGGAGGAAGAUGUGAUUGAAGUUUAUCAAGAACAAAUGGGAGGUGGGGUGUCAUUCAACAGUUUAGGAAGUUCUAAUUGAAAUUUAUCUGGGAAAAAAAAAAGAAAAUCAUUCAACAAUUUAGAUGUUCUUUGUAAUUUUUCUUUUCCCCAAUACUGUUUUGUUUUGGUUUUGGUUUUUUUUAAUGGUUCUUUUGUAAUGUGGUGUUCAGAGUGAAAAUUGAACAUUGUCACUUCAUCUCUUUAGAACAAUCGGGUAGUCUGAAUUCUAGUGCUCAGUCAUCGUUCUUGUGAUGAUUUUGUUGAUCAGACCUCAUCUCCUUUCAUAUAUGCACCUCUAAGCUGCCCUUCUCGGGACCAGUUUGAGUAUUUCCUAUGCCAUCCAAUCAGUCAAGAAUUCUACCAUGUGGCUGCUUCAAACCUAGCUUGUGAUUUUCAGGGCAAGGUGAAAGUUUUCAGAGAACUGAAUCGUGGCGAGUGACCUUGCGUCAGAUGGAAGCUGCUUCUAAAAUCUGAGGGUCUGGUCCAAGAGCAGAGUAUCAGAUUUGGAGUCGUGACUGACUGCCAAGACUGCUCACUGAAGAGAAAGCAUCUCAGGAUUGAAUUAGUCUUGUCAUGUGAGCCCAGAAUGUUCUAAUUUUCACCAACAGUUAAUAAUAAAAUUAUUCAGGCAAAAUGUAAUAAAAAAAUGUUU